AUGAAUUACGAAAAUCAGGAUCAGAGGUCCCGAUCUAGAUCCCCAGCAGGGCGCAGCUCGACCAAUGAGCAUCAAGAAGUUACAACAGGGAUUGAUCUACCUCGUCGCAGCAGGUACAAUAAUGGCAGUACUGGUGAUGAAGUCACUUACGAACGUAACGACAAGCGCAACGAUUAUUCGAGAAGCCGCAGAGGGGGUCCGCGCGGAUUCGGCGGCCGGAGUGGGCGGGGUGAGUUCAGAGGCGGUCGCGGCGGGUACGAUGACAGCUUUCCCCGCAGAGAUAUGAGAAGAGUGUCUAGAUUCAACGCAGCGCAAGAUUCCUCGCUUUCGAAUGAUUCAGAAGUUGCUUACCACGAUAAGCUUAACAGAAAUUAUGCCAACAGUAUAUUCGUUGGUAAUAUCACCUAUGAUUGUGAACCUGCUGACCUUAAGGAGUUAUUCAGUGGAAUUGGACAAGUCGUGCGCUCAGAUAUAAUUACCUCUCGUGGCCAUCACAGGGGCAUGGGCACGGUAGAGUUUACAAAUUCUGAGGAUGUCAUUGAAGCUAUCCGUCAAUUUGAUGGGUACUCCUUCAUGGGACGGGACAUAUUUGUUCGCGAGGACAACCCCCCCCCUGAAAGCGGUAGAAGAGAGGAACAACCAGUUACUAAGCAGUCGUUGGUUGACAGAUUUCACCCAGGGUACGAAGUCUUCGUCGCAAACCUACCUUUCUCCAUUACGUGGCAAUCUCUAAAAGAUCUCUUCAAGGAAUGUGGGGUCCCUACUAGAGCAGACGUCAAACUCGAUCGCAAUGGAAGGUCGAGAGGUUUUGGGACUGUUAUUUACGAAAGCCAAGAGGAGGCGAGCGCAGCUCUGGAUAGAUUCACUGGCUUUGAACUGGAGGGAAGAAUGUUGGAGCUUAAGAAAGGCCACGGACCAUGGGAUGAGGAUCCACAACCUACAUCACAGCAUGAGGAUGAAAUGGAUUUUGUAGAUUCAGCGAACACUGAAUUCACAGACAAAGCAGCUGGUGGUGGAGAAAGAUGCAACACUAUAUACGUGGAAAAUUUACCUUUUGCCACAGCCCAAAGCGACUUAUUCGACCUUUUUGAAAUCAUUGGCGCUGUCAAGAGAGCAGAAUUGAAGGUUGACGAGAGAGGGGAGCCUGCCGGUGUUGCUGUGGUGGAAUACGAAGAGACAGACAAUGCUGAAAUCUGCAUCAGUAGACUUGACAAAUAUUCCUACGGUGGGAGAGAGCUCAGCAUAAGUUACGUGAGGUACUAUUGA